AUGACAACCAACAACCCCCUCAAGCUAGAGACAUUGACUCUUGAAGAUAAUGUCGCCCUCACCAACCUAUGGUUCGCCGCCUUCACAGAUCCAGCUUUAGCCAAAGUAUUCCCAAACACCCCCGGUGUUCGGCAAUGGCUAGAAAAUGCCAACCGACAUGACCUGAUCAAUAAGCCCUUUCAAAAGUACAUCAAAAUAGUGGACACGGAGACAUUGGACAAUCAAGGUCAACCCCGCAUUGCUGCUUAUGCCAAAUGGGACUUAUCGACGCCUGAAGAGCGAGGACGACGUUAUCCACCCUGGCACGAAGAAAUGCCCGGCGAGAUGUGUGAGGAGUUUUUCCAGCAAGAAGAAGGGAAUCGAAGACGUGUAAUGGGUGAUCGGAAGCACUUUUAUCUUGAUACUGUUGCCACACACCCUGAUUAUCAACGACGAGGAUGUGGCGCGAUGCUUGUGAAGUGGGGCUGUGAUCUAGCGGAUUCGGAGGGUGUGAGUGCCUAUGUCGACGCUAGCAAGGAUGGGGCACCUCUAUAUGCGAAACAUGGCUUCGUGGAUUAUAGCAAACCCGGAGAAGAUAUUGCCUCCAUGGCUCGAUUUUCCAAGAACACUUGA